UCCCCCAAAAUGGUCAAAUCACUAAAACCUUAAACCUUGUCAAAACCCUAAACCACAAAAUACCCCCAAAAUCUAGCAACUUCAAACUCCCCACAUUCCUCAACAAAAUGGGGAAGAAUAAGAAGCAGCAAAAGAAUCAAGAAGAAUUGCUAAAAACAUUAGGAGAUUUCACAAGCAAAGAGAAUUGGGACAGUUUCUUUACAAUCAGAGGUUCAGAUGAUGCAUUUGAAUGGUACGCAGAAUGGCCUCAGCUCCAAGACCCACUAUUAUCUCACCUCAACAUUAUUCAAUCAUCAAACGACGUCGUUUCUUCACCAAAAGAAGAAAUUCAAAUUCUCGUUCCUGGUUGUGGGAAUUCUAAGCUAUCUGAGUAUCUUUAUGAUGAGGGAUUUGUUAAUAUUACUAAUAUUGAUUUUUCUAAAGUUGUUAUUUCGGAUAUGUUGAGAAGAAAUAUUCGGUUAAGACCUGGUAUGAAAUGGCGUGUUAUGGAUAUGACAAAUAUGCAGUUUGCAGAUGAGAGCUUUGGAGCCAUUCUCGACAAGGGAGGAUUGGAUGCUUUAAUGGAGCCCGAGCUUGGAUCAAAGUUAGGAACUCAGUAUUUGUCUGAGGUUAAAAGACUGCUGAAAGUUGGGGGGAGAUUUAUUUGCCUCACUUUGGGUGAAUCUCAUGUAUUAGGUUUACUCUUUCCCAAGUUUCGGUAUGGGUGGAAGAUGGGGAUUCAUCCCAUUGCUCUGAAACCAUCUGAUAAGUCGAGCCUACAGACUUUUAUGGUGGUAGCCGAGAAAGAUAAUUCUCCUUCGUUGGGCCAAAUAUUCUCAUCCGUUGAUCAGUCAUCCUCUGGUGGUCCAAAGAACCAGGUUCAUGGCCUCUUUCAAGCACUUGAAGAUGAAAAUAAAAUUCGUGCAGAUUAUUCCAGUGGCUGUGAUGUAAUGUACACAUUAGAAGACUUGAAAAUCGGAGCUGAAGGGAAUCUGGCAGAGCUUAGUCCAGGUCGUAGAGUUCAGCUUAGUUUAGGUGAAGCUGGGGCUUCCCUAUUCUGUUACAGAACUGUGCUUCUUGAUGCUCGAAAAGAUUUUGAACCUUUUGCAUAUCAUUGUGCUGUGUUUCUUGUUCCAAAGACUCGAGCUUGUGAGUGGCUCUUCUCUUCAGAAGAAGGACAAUGGUUAGUUGUAGAAAGCUCAAAGGCUGCUCGUCUAAUAAUGAUUUUGUUGGAUUCUAGCCAUUCCAAUGCCAGUAUGGAUGACAUCCAGAAAGAUCUGUCUCCUCUGGUAAUGCAAUUGGCCCCAGGAAAUUGUGACGGUGAAGCUCAGAUACCUUUUAUGGCAGCAGGUGAUGGAAUCAAGCAGCGGAAGAUUGUUCAAGAGAUCACAUCUCCCUUGACUGGUCCAAUUACUGUAGAUGAUGUGAUCUACGAGAAAGUUGAUGACAAUAUUAGCUGUCUCUUUCCAUCCGAGGAUGUGAUAUUUCGUCGACUUACUUUUCAAAGAACUGAGAGUUUAGUUCAAUCUGAGGCAGUUCUAUCAAGAAAAGGAUCACCGAAAACUGUCGGUGAUAUUAAUCAGAAGAGAGGCCAAUCUUCAAAACUUGAGAAAAAGGGAAAUCAGAAAAGAUCUGGAUCUAAUAUCUCAUUCUCUGAUGGAGUGAACGGCGAUUUGAAAGUUGACCACAGUUAUUUGGCCAGCUCUUAUCAUACUGGAAUCAUCUCCGGUUUUACGUUGAUAUCUUCUCAUUUGGAUAGUUUGGCAUCUACUGGAGGUGUGGUAAGAUCUGUAGUAAUUGGUCUUGGAGCAGGAUUGCUUCCAAUGUUUCUAUAUAAACACCUCACGUUUGCACAGAUCAAGGUGUUGGAGUUAGAUCCAGUGGUUCUAGAUCUUGCUAGAGACUAUUUUGAUUUUAGAGAUGAUGAACGGUUAAAGGUACAUAUUACCGAUGGUCUAAAGUAUGUUAAGGAUCUAGCUUGUGCAGUUACUAUAUGCGAUGAAAAUAAUCUUUCUGAGGCAAAGGUCCCUUCUUCCAACGGUAGUUCCAUUUUGUCCCAUGCACCACUUAAAAGCACUGAAAAAAUCGACAUGCUCAUUGUUGAUGUGGACUCUUCAGACUCGAGUUCCGGUUUAAGUUGUCCAGCUGCAGACUUUGUAGAAGAGACAUUCCUUAUGGCAGCAAAAGGUUCUCUUUCUGAUCAAGGUCUAUUUGUAAUCAAUUUGGUAUCGAGGUCACAAGCCAUCAAGGAUUCAAUUUACUCCAAAUUAAAGUCGGUAUUUCCUCACGUCUUCCACCUUCAGUUAGAGGAAGAUGUCAAUGAUGUUAUCUUUGCUCUAAAGACAGAGACAUGUGCUGUGGAAGAUAGAUUUCAUGAGGCUUCUCAGCGACUCGCAAGAUUAUUAAACCUAGAAAACUCAUCAUGGGGCCAAAAUAUAAUGGAAGCUACUAACAAGAUCAAAAGGUUGAAAUGAUUUAUAGUCUGAUGCUAUAAGAAGCUGCAGUCCGUUAUCGUUGCUGGCCAUUGCCAUGCCUGUUGAGGCUACCAAUGGAACAGCAUAAUUCUUCAGCUUAACUUCUUUGUUCUCUAUUUUAAGUCCCUCUACACUCAAACACAGAUUAGACGCGUGCGCGUUUGAUAUUUACUUGCCUUCAGAUCUAAGAUCAGUAUUAGCAUUGAUAUGUACAUUGGACAAAAUCUUAUUGUACUUUUGCUGUAAAUUGCCUGUCAAAAGUUUAUAAGGUGUUCAUAUGUAAGUCUUGUUAUUUA